UGGUGGGAGGCGCCGGUGGGCGCCGCUGUGCGCAGAGGUCCCCUUCUUGUCCAGCAGUUUGCACCUGCCCAGUGACCAUGAUCGUGUUUGUGAGGUUCAACUCCAGCCAUGGUUUCCCAGUGGAGGUCGAUUCUGCCACCAGCAUCCUCCAGCUCAAGGAGGUGGUUGCUAAGCGACAGGGGGUUCCAGCUGACCAACUGCGUGUGAUUUUCGCAGGGAAGGAGCUCAGGAAUGACUUGGUGGUGCAGAGCUGUGACCUGGACCAGCAGAGCAUCGUCCACGUUGUGCUGAGACCUCGGAGAGAAGGCCUAGAAAUGCCCACCACCCUUGGGGACCGUCCCCGGGGCGCUGCGGGGGCCUCUGAGAGGGACCCCGAGAGCUUAACUCGCGUGGACUUCAGCAGCUCGGUCCUGCCGACCGACUCGGUGGGCCUGGCGGUCAUUCUGCAGGACGGCACAGAGAAGGCGGGCCCGCCAGCAGGAAGCCCCGCAGGCAGACCGGCCCACAGCAGCUUUUACGUCUAUUGCAAAGGCCCCUGUGAAGGGGUGCGGCCUGGAAAGCUCAGGGUGCGCUGCAGCAGCUGCCGGCAAGCAACGCUCACCUUGGCCCAGGGUCCAUCCUGCUGGGAAGAUGUGUUAACCCCAAACCGGAUGAGUGGUGAAUGCCAGUCUGCAGACUGCCCUGGGACAAGAGCCGAAUUUUUCUUUAAAUGUUCAGCACACCCGACCUCUGACGAAGAGACAUCAGUAGCCUUGAACCUGAUCACAACAAACAGCCGAGGCGUCCCCUGCAUAACAUGCACGGACAUCAGGAGCCCGGUGCUGGUUUUCCAGUGCAACUACCGCCACGUGAUUUGCUUGGACUGUUUCCACUUAUACUGCGUGACCAGACUUAACGACCGGCAGUUUGUCCAUGACCCUCAGCUCGGCUACUCUCUGCCUUGUGUGGCUGGCUGCCCCAACUCCUUGAUUAAAGAACUCCAUCACUUCAGGAUUCUUGGAGAAGAGCAGUACAACCGGUACCAGCACUAUGGCGCUGAGGAGUGCGUGCUGCAGAUGGGGGGCGUGCUGUGCCCCAGCCCGGGCUGCGGGGCCGGGCUGCUUCCGGAACCACAGCAGAGGAAGGUCACCUGCGAAGGGGGCGGCGGCCUGGGCUGCGGGCUGGUCUUCUGCCGGGACUGUAAGGAAGCAUACCACGAAGGCGACUGCAGCAGCCUGGGCCCCUCGGAAGGAUCUGCAACCCAGGUCUACAGGGUGGAUGCGAAGGCUGCAGAGCAAGCUCGCUGGGAAGAAUCCUCCAAAGAAACCAUCAAGAAGACCACCAAGCCCUGCCCCCGCUGCCACGUGCCGGUGGAGAAAAACGGAGGGUGCAUGCACAUGAAGUGCCCGCAGCCCACGUGCCAGCUGGAGUGGUGCUGGAGCUGUGGCUGCGAGUGGAGCCGCGCCUGCAUGGGUGACCACUGGUUCGACGUGUAGCUGCCGUCGGCUCGGGAACACCGUGUCCUCUUGCACACACGCAAGCACACACACACAAAUACGCACACACACAAACAUG